AUGGCUUCAAAUGGAAUGGAAAGUAUGCAGUUAGCGGAGGACCAGAUCAAAAUUCUGGAGGAGAAUUUCACCAGAGUCAGCAAGCAUCCCGAUGAGUCGACGCUCAUGUUGAUCGCAGCUGAAAGCGGACUAACCGAGAAAGAGACAGCAGUGAGUGUUCAAUGAUGUUCUCGAUGUUGUUUCCAUUAUGAAAAGGUUACGCACUAGGAAUAGAUUCGUUUUGUAUGACGGAUACAAUGUUGCGAGGAAAUAAACUUAGCUGAGGAUGGGGUGAAUAGGCUAGAAGCGGCCUAGAAUGAUCCACACACAUUUAUUGUCAAAACUCAAAUUAGGUUAAUGUGUCUGUCUUUUCAAUUUGUAACAUAAUGUCAACAAUCAAAUUAAUACCUUAUUUAUCUUGAAAAUAAACCGCAAUUUAGAGAGUUACACAUCUUUGGAAACCUAUAGGCUAUUGGCUACAACGUUGUUGUGCAUAUAACUUAGUAUUGAUAAUUUUCUGCGCUGGCGCAGGCUAACCCAGUGUGCUUUCCAGCAAGUUUUUUUCUCCUUUUUUUCCACGCACCAUUGAACAAAUACUAUGUAGCAAUUUACAAAGAGAGGCAAUUGGUCUUUCACUGAAUAGGCGUAAUGGCGCGCAGAUGAGAGUGGUCAGAAGAGUGAUCGUUGUUUUGAUGAGAUAUUAUCGAACUCUAUUAGGCUACCCAAAUGUGGAGACUAUAUUUUGUAUUCAGUGGCAACGAUGUCAAAAGAAAAUAGCGUGAGUCAGACAGUGCUGAAAGCGCGCGCGUCCAGUGACGCCUCUUUGGUUGCCAUUGCAUGUCACUGUCCCCAAAAUAACACGAUGAUGACAGUUUUAAAGAGAGCAUUUACUCAUGACAGAAAUUCCAAACAUUCUAAUAAUAAAUCUGAACACCAGUGGUCCUAAUAAUAUUGGUUUACAUAACAAUGUUGCCAGUUGGAUCACUUUUGGAUUCAGUCACAACAUACAUUUAAUUGAGUCAAUAUUUGUUGUUGGACAUGACUUGAUUAUGCAAUAACCAAGCCAUUGAGUAACCAUAUAGUAUGACAUAAACAGAUGUAAAGUUUCAGGGUAGGGCCUAUCCUAUGUUUGAAGGCUGGGUCGGUGAUACUCCAAGGUGUUGAGAACAUGGUAAAGUUAUGUAGACAUCUCUAUCUAAUAGCAUUCCACUUAUGCAGAGGCUAGUUCUUCUAAUUCAGUAUUUAGGAUGCUUAUAUGCUUGUUGUAAUGCACUCUGUUGUUUAUUGUCCUUUUAGCAUAGUUGAUGGAUAAAUAAUGUUCAGUUUCAGGAUUCACAAUCAGUUUUAGGGUUCACAGACAUUUGGUGUUGUUUUGGAGGAAGACGUGAGCUGGGUUCAUUUUAUAGGCAAAUUUCAGGUACAGUGGUGUGUGUGACAGAGAAUGACGUAACCAACCCAUUGCCUUGAACAGAUUUUGUCCUGCACAUUAUUUGCAUGAACAAAUGGAGGAUCAUCAAGAACUCCAUGUACAGAUCAUGGGAGCCAGUAUGACACAUGCCUCUCAAAAGGUUAUCCCUCUCUCUUCUGCAAACCGGUUUGGCCUGCUCUCUCCACUGGUGACUGAAUGUUUCCAUUGUGAGCGCACAAAGGUGGGAGAAGCCCAGCCAACUUGACUGGGCAAAUGUGGUUCUGGGUGAGGUUGAGUACUUGGCCCGCUGACUUCAUUGACAGCGGAUGUUUUUAACCACCUACUGUUGUCUCAUAUUGUUUGAACAAAGCACUGGCUGUUUGAUAGGUCUUACAGUACCUAAGGGAAAGGGCACACCCUGUUACCACUCCCUCUCAUGCAUAAAGAGCAUUUACAACAUGUUUCUACCUCUUUACAAGGUGUUUUAUACAGUACCUUGUUAUUAGAACGUCUGUGCUUCCGUUUCUAAAGCACACAGAGGCCAUGGGGUCAUGUGGAGUUUAUUGCAGUGAUUUAUCUGUGUAAUCCAUCUGGGAGAACAAAAAUGAUGCACAAUUUAGCUAUAUAGUGUCAACUAAUUAUUAUAGUCAUCUGUGAAUAAGCCCCCGUGACAGGUUUGAAAUAGGCUAUUUGGACCACUUUGGGGCAUGGACAUUUCAAAUGAGAAUCAUAUGUAGGUUUUUCAUUUGGAAAUGUACCAAUUAUUCUCAACUGGGGUAUUGCUAAAAAAAAAAUAUUGUGGGCCAAUAUAAACUAAUUGUCUACAACGUUGUCUGAAUGUAGUUGACUACUCCCCCAAUUGCCUAGCUGGAUAAAUACUGCUUCAGAAAUUCCCUCCUAAAAAUCAGAGUUAAUUUGUUUCAGUUGAACAUUUAGAUGUAAGCAGCCCUGGGUGUUGCUUUAGGAAACUCAUCACCCUGCAUAAGGAAAAACACCUAGGUGAAGAAUGUCAUUUCUCAGGAAUAUUCAUGUCACAAUGACUUAAUUGAGUUUGUAAGCCGUCAUUACCUCACCCAGGUCAGUUUUCAGGUUUUAAACAAAUUUACCAAUAAUAAUAAUAUUUGAAACUAAUACCUGGUUGAACAAUAGCAACAAUGCUGUGGUGUGCCGUCACCUGUCUCUGACACCUACCUUGGGCUCUUUUUGUUUAUUUCAGAAAUGGUUUAGGCUACGCAACGCUCAGUGGAGACAGGCCGAGGGCCUUCCAGCUCAACUGGGAUCAGUGAAAGACUAA